UCCUCUUGCAUUCUCGUUUUUGAUUUGUGGAACGAGAACAAAAAAUGAUAUGUCUAUUUUAAGAGCCAGUGUUUAUUUCCGGCUAGAUCCGGUUAAAUUUUUAAAAUUCUGCUUGUCAACUGCGUGGGGUCAUAUAAAAUACAAGUCUAACUCCUUUAUAUAGGCACAUCUAGAUCUCUGGCUUAUUCUUCCAUACACUAACCACAACUACUUUAUAUGGGUAUUUCGAAGCCACCGAGUUUUUUUUAGUGAAAGGGUGCUUUUGAAACAUUUCCAUUGUUUUACCAACGUCUUGAAAUAUCUAGUUCUUCUUCUACUACUUAAUAUGGGCAUUUCGGUGAAAAUGGCUUCCCUUCUCGGCCGUAGAAAGCGGCCUUCUCGGCCGCUUUCUUCACCCGUUAACUUCUUGGAGUUUCACGUGAUACUGCUGGAUAACUCGGAAUUCUCUACGACUUUCGAGUCGAAAGAAGUCAAAGGAUUCGAGCUGUUUGACCAGGUAUGCGAGAAAGCUGAAAUACCGCUAAGUUACCGAAAAUAUUUCGGCUUGCAGUACGUUGAUCGAAAAGAUGGAGAAAUGAGUUGGCUUCUUCUAGAGAAACCGCUUCCUACAAAGAAGAAACGUAAAUUACAGAGCCUUCAAUUGGCAGUUCAAGUCUUCCCUACUCGUCAACUUAAACUACAUCAGGAUGUUCAACUGUUAAGAAUAUUGAUGUUCCAGUUGAAGGAUUUUAUCAGUCGAGGCAAACUACACCUGCCUAUAAACAAACACGCUAUCCUUGAUAGCUAUUUUGCACAGGCUGAGCUCGGUGAUUUUAACGAAGAGAACCAUGGAUAUGGUUACCUUGAAGGCUUAUUAGGAUCGACUUUCUUUUCUCACCCUAGUUUCAUCAACUCCAAUUUCGAUAUCAGUGAAGCUGUCUAUGAAACGAUGGUGACGGAUUUACACAAGUCACGCAAGCGUAUGACGACCAAUGAGGCCAUGUUGGCGUUCGUAGAUCUUUGCCAGAGUGUUCAGGGGUACGGUGAACUGAUCCACAGGGGCGCGACAGACGAUGACGGCAACGAAAUACUAUUUGUGAUCGCUGCUAAAGGACUGAAAGUGUCUUUACCCAAUGAAUAUCGCGAACCAGGGAAACUUCUCAACGACUUCUCAUGGGAUAAAGUGGUCUCUAUCAUGAGUAAUAAGUCUAAGAUCUAUGUGACUGGAAUAUCGAAGUACUCCUUUGGCCCCCCGGAAACUGUCUAUACCUUUCGCUUUCAUGGACAUUUUGGAUACCUUCAGGCCGAUCGAGUCGUGGCAGAUUGCUUGAAUCAUAAAAAAUUGGCCUUCGACACGGCGACUUUAGAAAAGAAAGACAAACGAUGUAAAUCGCUGGAGGAUAUAACUCGACCCAAUUCCCUGUCGGUUCCUUUGGCUGGGAGAGCACGGUCGCAUAGUCCUAUGGCGUCGCUGAGAAAACAGAUGAGAGUAGCGCAGGUUGGUCACGUUUAGUAUGUUAACCAUAUGGACAAAGAAAACUGAGAAUUUGUGUGACCAGACAAACUUUAGUUACUGAUCUACUAGAGAAAAUCAUUUUAAUGGCCAUCUUGACUGUCACCAUGUCAUGCCGUGGUUUGUCGCAUUUCUUCGAGAUUCAUUCUCCUCAUAUGACGAGGAUCCAUUUCGAGUUAGAGGGAAAAGACUGUGUUGAGUUUGCAUUGCAGUGCACUGUGGGGCUGCUUAGGGGACAUGUUUCCAAGAUGGCGUAUAUUUCGUACCCUAACACAGUCCCACAGUGCACUAAAAUAUGGCUAAUAUAGUACAGGCGAAACAAUUAGCUACAGAUAACAUAACCCAAGUCAUUGUGGCUCGCAAAUAUGUUUACCGUAAGCUGCUAAAAGAGCAGAUUUUUUCAUGUCAAGGAGAGGACUUUUUAAACCUAAAAAAAGGUUAGGAGACUUCGACCUAGUCCAGUUGCUGUAGAAAAGAUUUUUUGAGGGCGUUAAUGGUCUAUCUUUGGCAUGUUUCUUAUAUUUCCACCCAAGUAAGACCACAAUGCACCUAGUUCGUGGAACUGAACUCACAAACGACUUUCGUCACAGAAAACAUUGUAUGAAUGGAACCAUAAAAGCCACGGAUUGAAAACGCGUAGUUAGGGUUACGGCAAUAAACGAAACCCACAGUACGAUUA